CACAUUUUCCUCCUCACCGCCGAGCACGGCGCUCUCUCCCCGGCGGUGGUAACUGAAUAGCCGUGUAAUCUGACACUUCAACUUGCCGUGGCUCCACGGUAGUUGCUUCAGUCAAUCAGUCAGUCAGCGGCACCGUGGGCUCGGUGGAGGAAGCCCCCCGAACACGAGGAGGCUUUUUUUUGUUUUUUUUUUCUCGAAAAAAAAAAAAAAUCCAAAUCGGGGAGGAGACAACAAUACUCGCGGGCGGGAAUCGCGUCUUCGGAUCCCCGGAGCUGGAAAUCGCCACUUGACGACGGGGGUCAGCGAGGGACCACGCGUGAGGAAUACAUGAGGGGGGCGGGCUAGGGAAGGUUGCAGCAGCGACCGCGCCAGCGAGCACCACCGCCGCAAGACGUGGGGCCGGGGGCCUGUGAUCGAUGAGGAUUAAGGAGCGGAUUUUGUCAGAACGGAACGCAGGAACGCCCUCUUCCACCGAUGGACUAACUUUCAUGGCGUCCCGCUAGAGCCGUCAACAUGAACACGCUACCAUCCAUGGACCGGCACAUCCAGCAGACCAAUGACAGGCUGCAGUGUAUUAAACAGCACUUACAGAACCCGGCCAACUUCCACUCGGCGGCCACGGAGCUGCUGGACUGGUGCGGAGAUCCCCGGGCCUUCCAGCGACCUUUUGAGCAAAGCCUCAUGGGAUGUCUGACGGUGGUAAGUCGCGUGGCAGCCCAGCAGGGCUUUGACCUGGACCUGGGCUACCGGUUGCUGGCUGUGUGUGCCGCCAACAGGGACAAAUUCACCCCCAAAUCUGCCGAAACCAGCACCUGCAGGAGAUGUCAGACUGACUCAGCCCUGCUGUCGUCGUGGUGCGAGGAGCUGGGUCGACUGCUCCUGCUGCGUCACCAGAAGAACAGGCAGAACGAGUCGCAGGGGAAAGUGUCCAUGCAGCCCAGCAUGAACAGCAUGAAGGCCGGCCUCACGCACAGCGAUGGCUCCUUUCCUUACGACUCCGUCCCCUGGCAACAAAACACUAACCAGCCCCCCGGGUCAUUGUCUGUAGUUACAACAGUGUGGGGCGUCACCAACACAUCGCAGAGUCAGGUUCUGGGGAACCCGAUGGUCAACAGCAAUAAUCCCAUGAACCCCGGGGGUAACCCCAUGGCGUCGGGGAUGUCGGCCGGGGCGGCGGGGCUCAACUCGCCGCAGUUUGCCGCUCAGCAGCAGCAGUUCCCCAGCAAAGGAGGCUCCAGCCAGCAGUACAUUCAGCAGGGGAUGUACAGCAGACCCGGAUACCCUGGAGGCCCCGGGGGGUACAGUGGCAGUUACUCCGGAGGACCCAAUCCGCCCCCUGGAGGUAUGGGCAUGACCUCACAUUCACGCCCGACCGGCGACUUCACCCAGCCCGCUGCCGCCGCCGCUGCAGCAGCCGUGGCGGCCGCAGCCGCUACAGCCACCGCCACGGCGACGGCCACUGUGGCGGCGCUGCAGGAGACGCAGAACAAAGACAUGAACCAGUAUGGACAGAUGUGUUCCUCCUUCCAAAUGAGCCCGGCUCAGGCCUACAACAGUCAGUUCAUGAACCAGCCGGGACCCCGAGGCCCGCCCGGAGGUAUGAAUCCCGCCAGCAUGGGUUCAGGCAUGAACAACCCAAACAUGAGCGGACCUCCCAUGGGCAUGAGCCAGUCCCGCACUCCCGGCAUGGGACCGUUCGGGGGCCACGGCCAGCGGAUGCCCCAGCAAGGGUACCCCGGAGGACCCCGGCAAGGCAUGCCCAUGCAGGGGAUGAAGAGGCCGUAUCCCGGGGAGGCGGGCUAUGGGGGUCAGUACGGGCCCAGCAGUCAGUUCCCGCCCCAGCAAGGACAGUACCCAACCCCCAACGCCUCCAGGCCGCUGCCUUCACCCAACUACCCAGGGCAGAGGAUGCCGGGGCAGCCGGGACAAGGACAGUACCCACCUGGCAUGCCCAUGGGCCAGUACUACAAGCAAGAGCCAUUCAACGGGCAGAGCACCACCUUCUCGGGUGGAGGCUACUCAUACGGCCAAGGGAAUGGGCCCCCCAGGCCUGGUAACUACCCCCACUCCCCAGUACCUGGAAACCCCACCCCCCCAAUGACGCCCGGAAGUAGCAUUCCUCCGUACCUCUCGCCAAACCAGGAUGUGAAGCCGCCGUUCCCACCUGACAUGAAACCAAAUAUGACAGCACUUCCUCCCCCGCCAUCAAACCCCAACGAGGAGCUGCGGCUGACCUUCCCCGUCAGAGACGGCGUCGUGCUGGAGCCCUUCCGCUUGGAGCACAACCUGGCCGUCAGCAACCACGUCUUCCACCUCCGACCCUCCGUCCACCAGACCCUCAUGUGGAGGUCAGAUCUGGAGCUGCAGUUCAAGUGCUACCACCACGAAGACAGGCAGAUGAACACCAACUGGCCGGCGUCCGUCCAGGUCAGCGUCAACGCCACGCCCCUCACCAUCGAGAGGGGCGACAACAAGACCUCCCACAAGCCCUUGCACCUGAAGCACGUGUGCCAGCCGGGCAGGAACACCAUCCAGAUCACCGUCACCGCCUGUUGCUGCUCGCAUCUGUUCGUGCUGCAGCUGGUCCACAGGCCAUCUGUGCGCUCCGUCCUCCAGGGGCUGCUGAAGAAGAGGCUCCUUCCCGCGGAACACUGCAUCACCAAAGUUAAGAGGAACUUCAGCAGCGUGGCGGCCUCGACGGGCAGCACCACCCUCAACGGGGAGGACGGCGUGGAGCAGACGGCCAUUAAAGUCUCGCUAAAGUGUCCCAUCACCUUCCGACGCAUCCAGCUCCCCGCCCGGGGCCACGACUGCAAACACGUGCAGUGCUUUGAUCUGGAGUCCUACCUGCAGCUGAACUGUGAGCGGGGAACCUGGAGAUGUCCUGUCUGCAAUAAAACCGCGUUACUAGAAGGUCUGGAAGUGGAUCAGUACAUGUGGGGGAUCCUCAACGCCAUCCAAAAUUCGGAGUUCGAGGAGGUGACCAUCGACCCGACAUGCAGCUGGCGGCCCGUGCCCAUUAAGUCGGAGCUGCACAUCAAGGAGGACCCCGACGGACCGCUGGCCAAGCGCUUCAAGACCAUGAGCCCCAGUCAGAUGACCAUGCCUAACGUGAUGGAGAUGAUUGCCCAGCUGGGACCUGGACCCGGGCCAGGACCCGGCCACGGCCCUGGGCCCGGUCCCGGUCCUUAUCCCCUGCAUCCUAGUCAACAUGCCAGUGGAAAUGGGGGCGAGUACCCAGUAGCAGGCAACACCUACCACAGUCAAGGGAACUUUGACUUCCCCUCUGGAGGCGGAGGCGGUGGCGGAGGAGGAGGAGGAGGAGGAGGAGGGGGGCCACCUAUGGGCGACUUCAUCCACGGGCCGCAGCUCUCCCACCCGCCAGACGCCGGGCCUGGUGGUCUCAUGUCGCAGGACAAGCCCCUCAACCACGGCAUGAGCGACGCUAUGUCCCAUCCAGAUCAUAACUCCAUGCAGCCCAGCUUGCAUGCUUCUCCCCACCACGCCGGCCAAUCGGGGCCCUCCUUGCAUCACGGCGGCGGUGGCCAAUCGGGGCCGCCGUUGCAUCACGGCGGCGGCGGUGGCCAACCAUCGCAGCCACCUCGCCCGUCCCAGCCUCAGCCGCCCGGGCAGAACGCUCACCCGCACGGCGAGCUGACCUUUAACCCCUCGUCGGACGGCCAGGACAUGCCCGAACCUUCGCUGGAUCUUCUUCCAGAGCUGGCCAACCCGGACGAGCUGCUGUCCUACCUGGAUCCUCCCGAUCUUCCGGCCAACAGCAACGACGACCUCCUCUCGCUCUUUGAGAACAACUAAGUCCGUCCCCCCCCCCCCCCCCCUUUUUUUUUUUUUGUUCCACGAGCUAACCUCACACACAGGAGGGGCCGCGUCUGACUGUCCGGUCCGCAGACGCCGACCUCGCUGUGACCGUACGCCGCCCCAAUGCGCACACGUGCACAGUCUUUCUUUUACGGAUGCCGAAAAAACGUGCCGCGUGGGCGCGGGACUGAAAGGGAGAGAACAUCCCUGCACAUCUUCUUUUUUUUUUUUUUGAGGAGUGCGUGCGUGUGUGUAUGUAAAGAUUCCACCAACAGCAUCGACGGCCAUGUUGGCGGGCACAAAGCGACGUAUGUAUAUACACGUGUACGACACCCCCGUGUGACUUACCAAGUGACAACUGUGCAGCUAUCAUCGUGGAGCGAGGAGGCGAGGAAAAUGUUUGCUUUUAUACGAUAUAAGCAUGAUUUGGCUUUUGUGGGUUUAAAAAAAACAGACCUUUUCCGUGUAUGUCUUGUUUCUACCGUGUUCUUCCAGCGACCUUUGAACCCCAGAGUGCACCAGGCGCGUGUAAAGAAGGAACUCUUUGCCACGCCGCGGAUGCUCUAUUUAUUGUGACGUCUCACUCUUCGUCAGAAUUAGCACCGUUUUUUUUUUUAUUUGUUGUCCUUGUCGUUCGAAGUGCAUUUGUGCCAAUUUGUGCGUCCUGUCGUCCUGUUUGUUUGAUCCCAUUCAUAUUUAUUACUUUAGCACACUUUUUUUGUUUUUGUUUUAAUUGCUGUCAUUGUAUGUGCUUUAUUUUGAUAGUGCACCCCCUCCCCUCGCUCAGACGUAAACAUUGUUGCAUUUGGACCAGAUGUUCCUCUUGCUGGGAAUUUAAACUGCUGGUCACCCCCAAGUUAUUUCGAUGACACAUAAGCUGAUUUUAAAUGAAUUCUGACAUUUUAUUCCAAAGCUUUGGGAGACCAAUCUAUGAAGAACACCUUCAAGUUGAUCUGACAAUCCCACGGAAGCGCUGUCUUCUUCAAUAUGUCCCUCGCCCCCACCCAACGGAACGAAUACACACAUCUAUUGUCUUCCUUAGCUGGGCACAGGAUGAGAUAAGAAGGGAGUAUUGCUACUCCUCACAUUCCUAAAGCCAAGGUUAACUUGCAGUGUACCAUAGACGUGAGAUUAUAAAAUAAAAAAAGUACAAAUGGAAAACACUAGCUAUUUCAAAUAUGACUAUAAAAAAGAAAUAACUCCUAAAUAUGGAUAUAUGUAGAUAACUAUGUCCGUCAAUGUCACCCAAGCAGAUCAUUCUUACAUUUUGGAAAAGUGGGUUUAAUAGCGCCCAAACCGCUCCACACCUGCAUGAUCCAACAGUGUAUCCACUGUGUAAAUUUUGUGAAUACAGUGCAGUGCUGUGUCCAUCUAUUACUGUCACUAUACAUGGUACUGUGUGUGUGUGUGUGUGUGUGUGUGUGUGUGUGUGUGUGUGUGUGUGUGUGUGUGUGUGUGUGUGUGUGUGUGUGUGUGUGUGUGUGUGUGUGUGUUCUGGCACUGCCUCCACAAGCCGUAGGAAGGGUGGUCCCCACAAGUCCCGAUCAACAAUUUGGUCCUCAUUCCAAAUGAUAACCUGUGUGUGUGUGUGUGUGUGUGUGUGUGUGUGUGUGUGUGUGUGUGUGUGUGUGUGUGUGUGUGUGUGUGUGUGUGUGUGUGUGUGUGUGUGUGUGUGUGUGUGUGUGUGUGUGUGUGUGUGUGUGUGUGCGUGCGUGUUCUGGAAAUUCCUCCUCAACCUUUAGAAAGGGUGGUCCCCACAAGUCCUGAUCUCAAACUUGGUCCCCACAAGUCCUGAUUACAAAUUUGGUCUCCAUUCCAAAUGAUAACCAGUGUGUGUGUGUGUGUGUGUGUGUGUGUGUGUGUGUGUGUGUGUGUGUGUGUUCGUUCUGGCAAUGCCUCCACAAGCUGUAGAAAGGGUGGCCCCCACAAGUCCUGAUCAACAACUUGGUCCUCUUUUCCUCUUUCCAAUUGAUAACCAGUGUGUGUGUGUGUGUGUGUGUGUGUGUGUGUGUGUGUGUGUGUGUGUGUGUGUGUGUGUGUGUGUGUGUGUGUGUGUGUGUGUGUGUGUGUGUGUGUGUGUGUGUGUGUGUGUUCUGGCAAGGCGGCCUCAACCUGUAGAAAGGCUGGUCCCCACAAGUCCUGAUCAACAACUUGGUCCUCUUUUCCUCUUUCCAAUUGAUAACCAGUGUGUGUGUGUGUGUGUGUGUGUGUGUGUGUGUGUGUGUGUUCUGGCAAGGCGGCCUCAACCUGUAGAAAGGGUGGUCCCCACAAGUCCUGAUCUCAAACUUGGUACCCACAAGUCAUGAUUAAAAAUUUGGUCUCCAUUCUAAAUGAUAACGUGUGUGUGUGUGUGUGUGUGUGUGUGUGUGUGUGUGUGUGUGUGUGUGUGUGUGUGUGUGUGUGUGUGUGUGUGUGUGUGUGUGUUUGUGUGUGUGUGUGUGUGUGUGUGUGUGUGUGUGUUCUGUCAAUGCCUCCACAAGCUGUAGAAAGGAUGGUCCCCACAAGUCAUGAUCAACAACUUGGUCCUCAUUCCAAAUGAUAACCUGUGUGUGUGUGUGUGUGUGUGUGUGUGUGUGUGUGUGUGUGUGUGCGUGCCUCCUCAACCUGUAGAAAGGGUGGUCCCCACAAGUCCUGAUCUCAAACUUGGUCCCCACAAGUCAUGAUUAAAAAUUUGGUCUCCAAUCCAAAUGAUAACCAUUGUGUGUGUGUGUGUGUGUGUGUGUGUGUGUGUGUGUGUGUGUGUGUGUGUGUGUGUGUGUGUGUGUGUGUGUGUGUGUGUGUUCUGGCAAUGCCUCCUCAACCUGUAGAAAGGCUGGUCCCCAUAAAUCCUGAUCUCAAACUUGGUCCCCACAAGUCAUGAUCAAAAAUUUGGUCUCCAUUCCAAAUGAUAACCAUUGUGUGUGUGUGUGUCACAAUCCUAAUUGAUCCAAAUGCACUCUAGCCUUGUAUCGUGUCUGUCUUUUUUACCCCAUCCCUUUUUUUUUUCUUUAUUAUAAUUUUAAUGUCCGUGAUCUGAUGUUGUCUGAAUUAAGUGUAAAAGCAGCUUAGAGGUCCAAAUUUCUCCUAACUCCCCCAUAAUAUUGGAUACUCCCCAAAGUGCAUUUUAAUACCCACAUAUUGUGUGUUUUAUAUGGUUUUAAAUUAUUAUGUUGUUUUUUUGUGACGAGUCCGAUGCAGUACACUCAAAGUGACGUUUUGAAAUCGACUUUAUUUGGAGACUUUUCAUCCAUUUUUUUUGUACACAACCAAAAACGACCCUGGGCUGUUUUUUGUGUUUGCUCAAAGACGACGCACUGCCGCGCGGGGUCCUUCCAAAUUGUGCUGUCCACUCGCAGCCAGUGUGGAACUGUCUGACCGUUUUUGAAAGCAAUUUCAUGUAAGGAGCGAGGUGUCGGGAUGUGUGUGUGUGUGUGUGUGGGUGUACAUAAUGUAAAUGACAAAUAGAGACACGAUUAAAAAAAAAAAAAGAAAUGUAUUCAUUUUCUCCACAGGGAGUGUGCAUAGUGUAUUUAGAAUUUGUAAAGCUUGCAGCAUCCUCCUGUCGGACAUCCCCAUUGGACACAUGUUUGAUGACCUCGUUAACCUCGCCUGUUCAUUCAUGUAAAAUAUACUUUAUGUUCCCAAGAAACACAAUACAUUUUCUCCUUUGUGUAA